CACAAGUUUUACAAACCACAAGAUUACAAGAGACGCUCGCCAUGAAGUUGUUGACGUUUCUAGCCUUGGUAGUCACGGACAUUCUUCUCUGUCAAGCGUUGGGCGAGGAUUACGAGGAGGCAGCAUGUCUAGAUUGUCAACAAUUGCUGCUCAAACAAAAUAAAAUCAUCAACCAGCUGUCAGUUAAGAUUCAACGUUUAGAGACAAGGUCAGCUACAGGAGAGGAAUGGAUAUUAGCCUUUCGUGGCACAGCUUACAUAGGAAAAUCUGUUUACGCCGCCUAUAAGGACGGUAUUGGGAUUCCAAGUGAGGUGGAACCCGGAUGUAAACAGGUCACCAAACCAUUACCUUGCAACAACCACUACAGAAACCUGAACGUUUUCGACAACUGGGACAAAGUUAACGAAGUCGCCUUCGUUGUGUACUCAAACUACACCAAGGUCAAGGAGAUUUUGUUUGACGGCACAAGUACAAACUACAUGACCUGGUUCGACAAAUCCAAGGUCAAGUUCUCUACAUGGAAGCAAAUCAAGACGGACAUCACAAACGUUUUUUCUAUUGUAGGUCACAUCAGUCCUGACCUCAUGCGGACGUUCUUCGUCAACAACGUUUAUGGUGGAUGUCCAGCAGACAAGGGCUGGUUCGUGGCUGUGGACAGGGCAGACGGCGCAUGUGCCUGGGAGAAGGCGAGCAGGUUUCCGGUCUUCAAGUACUCACGACAGAGUAGUCCUGAGAACUGGACCACAGGUGACGUGGCCAAUGCCGACAUGUUCGCCAUCUUUGUUAAAUUCUACGACACACCCUGA